AAGCUGUGCUUACGGAUGGCUGUGCUUCGGCCGUCGUGUCGUCACCGCGCUGCGAACGAGAGAGCAAGUUAGUCGGUCGGCGGCUUUGACCAUUCUCUCUCUCUCUCUCUGCGCUGUUCUUCCUCUGCUCUUCUCGCGAAGCCUAGAGCGUCGAGCGAUGUCGUUCCCUCGUGGGUUGUGCACGGUUUCGAGGCUCGCGAGGCGAGGCUUCAAUGGGUACCGCCGGCUUCCUUCUUCGGAUCAUCGGCUCCCCCCCUGAUUCAGACCCACCUCGCCGGCUCUCCUGUGACGGUUUGACUUUUAAUGGCUAGUGCUUUGCAUAUGCCUCUGCCAGAACCAACUGAUGGUAGUGUAGGAGAUGCAGUGUCUUUGGAACUAUGUACAAGACAGCAGUGCAUAGCUGAGAUCACAGAGAUGAUUCAUGUUGCAAGCCUUCUUCAUGAUGAUGUCUUGGAUGAUGCAGACACAAGACGUGGUAUUGGUUCAUUAAAUUUUAUCAUGGGAAACAAGUUGGCAGUUUUAGCUGGGGAUUUUCUCCUUUCUCGAGCUUGUGUGGCACUUGCAUCCUUGAAAAACACAGAGGUUGUAUCAUUGUUAGCAACAAUAGUAGAGCAUCUCUUGUGCCCAUUGAAGAAUCCAGGCGAUGUCGCCAAGAACCUGCAAAGGAAAAGUGCAAUCGUGAUUGACGUGGGGGCUCGCUGGCCGCAGGACGUGAGCUUUUGUAAAUUCCCCAUAAAAGUAAUAGUACAUGGAGAGAAAACAUGCACCUAA